AUAUCUCAUUUUUACAUCAAUGAUUUUACAUUGGAUAUCUAAUACCUAAUAAUCGUUUAAAAACAUGUACAAGAAUAAAAACGCAACAUCAAAUUAUUCAUCAGGCGAGGCACCGGAUCCAUGCACUGACCCUUCGCUAAACAACUGUGGCGAUAAUGCAGAAUGUACGAACACAAACGGAAGUUUUAGUUGCACGUGUCUUUCUGGUUAUCAAGGAAACGGUACACACUGCAAGAUUGCUCCGUGCAACGAGGGUUUUGCUAUCCCCUGGAAUGGUGGAUUCCAGUGUAUAUGUCCCCCGAACAAACAAGGACUCAACUGCAGCGAAGAUAUUCCUGAUUCGAACACCAACUGCUCGUGGCCUUCAAAUGAAAAUGCAUGCAGAUCGAACCCAUGUUAUGGCGAGAAGGCCGUAUGUAUAAAUAUGUUUGGGGGAAAUUUUAAAUGUCUCUGCCCCUCCGGAGCUGAAGGUGAUCGAUGUGAAAAAGGUGCUCAUUGUUUUGACUGCUUCAGUGUUCGAUGGAGAAACGUAACCUGCUCUGUACACGACGACGCUCAAUUCAUGCAAUCAUUUCAAUUAAAGACCCCAACGGUAGACAGACAGAUAUCAAGAACGCAGUGUUCUGAGGA